CUUUUUUAUGUAAAGAUUUUGAUUAUUAUCGAAUUAUCGAGUUUCAAGAAAGGGUUGAAGCACAAAUAUGAAGCGGUUUUCAACUUUUAAUUAUUACAAUAAAAAUUGUUGGGGUAGGUGGCAUUUCAAUUUUUUUUCUCCAUCUGGCGGGAAAGGGAGCCAGAACACAAAACUUCUAAAAGAUGGUGCCCCCGUUGGAAGCUGAUUUAUAAAAAAUAGUGGAUCGUGAACAAAGGCUUGGCCAACGUCAUUCCAGUUUUGUAUUAAGAACGGUUGAUAUUAUGUUUGAAAAGUUUUAUUGGAAGUGAUUAAAGCCAUGAAACGCAUCUUUCAAGUUUAUUGUGAUCCUAUGUGAUUGCCCUUGGGUAUAUAUUUUUUUUAUAACUACAGAAAAGGGUCAAUAUUCCUCAUCGUUUUUUUACUGCCUCUGAUGAAAGUUCCUGAACAGUUAAAUGAUGCCUUAGUGUCUCUAAUGGUUUAGAAGGUUUGUUAUGUUUACAGAAUUUACAUGUUUGUUUACAGGCUGUUUGUCAGAAAUGUCUUGGAGAUAUUUUAGACUCAAUUAAAAGAAAAAGAAAAUCAAGUAAAUAUGGAUGCUACCAAAAAGUUGGAUUAAAAAGAAUUUAAAGAAGGCCAGGAUAAACAAUUAUAAUGAAAAUAUGAGGAUGUGAUAACAGAAAAGGACCUGAAGUUCAUUAGGAAUAUUCAAUUUAAUGAAAAUGGAGAAAGAAGUAUAUUCCAAGGCAACCCAAGCCCAAGGUCCUUACGACGCCCUCGAUAUGUUCCAAUCUUAUUAUUGCAAUUACCCCACCAGCUACUUACAGGGAUUGAAGUACCAACUAAAGGAGCAGAUGGGGUUCAACACGGACCCUGGGCACCUCACCUCUCUCUAUACACCACCUGUAAGGAAGACCCCUCCGAAACAGACCGGCCAUGAACCUGGUCCAGCGGUAGAAUGCCCGCAUGGCCACGACUCUCAGAAGAAUCCUAUUCACAUCAAAACCGACGAUCCUAAAGAUGGAAGCGGCAUCGAAUCGCCGACAUUCCAUUGCCUUCACACUCGUCCUUCGAGCAGUUCGACUUCUGAAGAUCCUCAAAAGGGUAAAGUCGAAUGUUUCUAUUGUGAUUACAAUAACAUAAAUAACACAGUGUUGAAAACUCACCUUAAAAAACACAAGCCUGAACGACAGCUACCAUGUGAUAAGUGUGAUUACUUCACUUCGUUAACGAGCAGUUUGAAAUCACACAUGUUGAAACAUACUGAUGAAAAGCCGUUAAAGUGUUCCUACUGCGACUACAGCACUAAACACAAUAGCGCCCUGAAGCUCCAUUUAAGUAAACAUACCGGUAUAUACCAGUAUUCUUGCCCGCAAUGCGAUUACAGAACCGCCAGCUCAAGCAGCCUCAAGUCGCACAUGCUGAAACACAGCGAUAUCAAACCUCUCAAGUGCCCUUUUUGCGACUAUUGUACGAAACACAAAAAUGCUUUGAAACUACAUCUAAGCAAACACAACGGGAUUCUGCAGUACGGUUGUCCACAAUGUGAUUAUAGGACGGCUAGCGCAAGUAGUUUAAAGUCGCACAUGAUGAAGCAUAGUGAGAUAUAUAUCUACAAUACUUUGGUACCGAAGAAUGUAGAACAACAAUUAUUAGAAGAUAAUAAGAAUACGUAAUAAAAUUGAAAGAAAAAAAAAAAAAAAUUAAAAGUACGUUUAAACUGAGGAGAAAUCUCUCUUGGUAGAUAUUUACUGAAUUAACUUGUGAACAGUUACGGUAAGCUAUAAGGUCCUCUUUUAAAAAUCCCUUUUAAACUUAGUACUUAUAUAUAUUGUAUUAUAUAUGUUUAUAUAUAUAUGUCCUCAUGUUUAGAGCUGAUUGUAUGAAUUUGCAUGUUAAUUGUAAAAAAGGAUUAGAGAAUAAUGUAGAAUUAAUUUGAAGAAAUUUUAAAAGCGUUAGUUUAAGGCAGUGUGGAUUUAUAUAUAUAAGAAAAAUUGAAUACACAGUAGGUUGUGAAUAAUUGACAACUAUGGGAACCUUCACUGUAUUUUUUAAAUUGUGAAUUCCUAAAUAGAAAACAAAAACCUGUAUAACAUGUCAUGGGCACAAACUUCUCUUAAAAAUUUGUUCCAUCUUACGAUAGUUGCGUUGGAUUGUUUGAGCUGCUCUUUCCCCCACUGUAUUGUUGUUAAAUUAUGGGACCACCCAUAAAUGAAUUUUAAAGCCAUUAAAAAAGAAAUCCUCGACCCCUCUAACCACGUUCCUUUCCUUAUAGAAACGGUUUUGUUACAACUAGCAUCGAUAUUUCACCUUUGCAAAUAUUCCGGCUUCUUUAAAAUAUUUUAUAGCUUCUUGUUCUGAAGACGGCAAUUCCCACAAUGUGACAACAUCCAUAAUUAAAUAACACUAACUCACAGCUAACACAAGAAACAAAAAAUAAACAAGGGAAUAACUUAGGUUGGAUGAGAUGAGGGAGGUUAUGUGAAACGAGAUUAGCUAAGAAGGGAGGUUUUGACGCUACCCACUAUUAAAUAAGUACCCAAAAUUUAUUCCCUCUCGAUCUGUCUACUUUUGAAAUUGUGUGAGUUUUAAGACCUCUCAAUUUUUUCAAUGGCUCUUUUUUUU